AUGCAGGCCGACGCGCUGCCGGGCCUGGCUGUCACGCUCCUCCUGCUGCUGCUGCCAGUCCUGCUCCGCCUCUUCCGACGGCUGAUCGCGUACCUGGACGGCUUGCGACGCGGCGGCUCGUUGGACGACGAUGACCUGCUGCCUGCGUUCGACUACCAGGUGGCGGGUCACAUGGGCCUCUCCAACGAGGGCGGCUCGCUCCUCGUCCCCGAGCCGGGCAGGAUCGCCAAGCCGGAGCGAGCAGCCGUUCGAAUCCGCGGUGCAGCGCCGCGGAUGGCGAACCUCGAGCCGGUGGAGAAGACCGCGGUCGUGUCGGACUCGACCGGCGCCGAUGCGGCGCCAGCAAUUCGGGCGCGGCCGACUCGCUCCAGUUCGGCGCAGCUCGCCUUGGAGCCCACCGCGCUCUUAAAUCGCCUCGAGACCAUGCUCCUCGGCAACCAACCCGUCCCCGCACCCUCCAACGAGGUCAGCAUCGUCGGCGAGGUCACCAACGGCAUCAUCAUCGCCGCGAAAGCUGCCGUAAACACGCUCUUUUCGUCGCAGCGGCGCGGCGCGCUGAUGGCUCUCCAGAUAAAGAACCUGAAGAAGGCUGCGCUGGCGUACCUUGUGUGGGACCUACGCGGCGAGCUGGCGGGCGCGCGACUCGAGCAGGCGGUCGUGUACGGCAAGCGGCUCGAGACGCACGCGAGCGGCGUGGACAAGGAGUUGGGCAAGUGCAAGCGGCGGCAGGCGGGCGCGGAGGCGCUUCUCGCUGUCGUUCCAGAAACGUUGCAGGACGUGCCCACGCCAGAGGAGCCCGCGGUCGAGGAGGAGCCGGCGGUCGAGGACCUGCCGGCCAGCGACUCCCGUCCCGACGACGCGUCUUCGGACAGCGAUCGGGAAAGCGUCUUCGAACGUCGGGUGACCCGUCGGAUGAUCGACGCCGGCCUGAACGAGGCGCAAUUCGAUGAUAUGCGGAACGUUUACGGGAUUCAGCUCGCCCACGAGGACAAGUGCCACGAGUGUGCCAAGCUGCAGGCUCGGGCAGUGAAACUGUAUGAUAUGCUCCUCCCGUACCUCGAGCGCGACUGGGUGCCACUGGAGGAGGCAUUCCAGCGGCUCGACCUUAUAGCUGCUCGGGAGCGCUCGGGUACCCUGGGUCGUGGGUAUGAUAGUGACACAACAUAUGUGUGA